AUGAAGUACACCAUCAGCAUCGCCCUUUUGGGCUCUCUCGCACUCGGCCACUGCGCCCAACGGCCUCUCCCCGGCAGUGGAUGGCGAACUCAGGGAUCACCGUCUGAUAAUCCUCACGACAUCACGCCUGGUGUCAUUAGCGAUCCUCUCCUGGUCAAAGACAAGGUCUACGACUUUGUCAUUGCCGGCGGUGGUCUGACUGGCCUCACUCUCGCUGCGAAACUGCUCGAAUCCGACACCCUGGACAGAGAUACCACCGUCCUGGUCAUCGAGAGUGGCUUCUAUGGCUCUGAAUACGGGCCCAUCAUCGACGAUCUCAACACAUACGGCCAGAUCUUCGGCAGCUCCGUCGACCAUGCCUUUGAGACCAACCCCCAAAAGGCCCACAACCGCGUCGAGAUCAUCCGAUCGGGCAACGGGCUGGGUGGUUCGACGCUGAUCAACGGAGGCACCUGGACGCGCCCGCACAAGAAGCAGGUCGACUCGUGGCGGGAGGUGUUUGGCAACGAUGGAUGGGACUGGGACGGUCUGCUGGGGUACAUGAACGAUAUCGAAAAGCCUCGCGAUCCCGACGACUCCCAGAGCCAUGUCACGCCCGGUCACUGGCACAACUACACGGCCGCAUGCCACGUCAAAACCUCUCAUGACAUCGAGGGCAAAGUCGAAGUCGGCGCUCGUGAUCGCAACCGGACCUGGUCGCCUCUUAUUCCAGCCUUCCGGGAUACUGUCAAGGGUAUCUAUCCUGAUUCCCCGAUCGGACUGGACUUGUGCUGCGGUGAGCCACGCGGCGUAUCCAUGUUCCUGAACACCCUCACGGAGGACCAGAUCAGGACGGAUGCAUCCCGGGCGUGGUUGCGGCCUAUCUUGAACAAUGACCACACCAAGAAGCGCAUCACGGUGCUGACGGGCCAGCUGGUGGGCAAGAUCAAUCUGGAGAAGGCGAAUGGCACCGACGCAGCAUACAAGGCCACGGGCGUCGAGUUUGGCACCCACAACAAGGAAGGCUCGCGGUUCAACGUGACGGCGGACGAUGAGGUUCUGGUGGCUGCUGGCUCGGCCAUCUCGCCUCUGAUCCUGCAGCAUUCUGGCAUCGGCCCCAAGGAUGUUCUCCAAAAGGCCGGCGUCGAUCUCAAGGUCGAUCUCCCCGUGGGCCUCAACUUGCAGGACCAAACCACCACUUCGGUCGUCUCCGGAUCGACCUCUGCCGGCAACGGCCAGGGUCAGGCCGCCUUCUUUGCCACCUUCGACGAGGUCUUUGGCCCCGACGCCAACGAGUGGGGGGCGAAGCUCAACAGCAACGACACCCUCCGGGCGUGGGCGCAGGCAGUCGUGGCCGGCGGAGGAUUCCACGAUGCAGACGCGCUCUUCACGCAGUACGUCAACUACCGCACCUGGCUGCUGGAUCACAAUGUCUCGUACGCCGAGCUGUUCCUCGACACCGACGAUCGCAUCCAUUUCGAUCUGUGGGAUCUGAUUCCCUUUACGCGCGGAUACGUCAAGAUCCUCGACGCCGACCCCUAUCUGCAGAGCUUCGAGUACAAUCCUCGCUACUUUGAGAACGAACUCGAUCUGUAUGGCCAGGCCGCUGCCACCAGACUGGCCCGGGAUAUCACCCGCAGCGGCUCGCUGAACAGCACCUACGCGGGUGAUGAGAAGAUCCCCGGAGAUCUCCUGCGACAGGGCGCUUCGCUGAAGGAAUGGGCGCUCUACGUGAAGCAGAACUUCCGGGCCAACUACCACGGCGUCAGCACCUGCUCCAUGAUGCCAAAGGAGGUGGGAGGCGUGGUUGAUUCGAAAGCCCAGGUGUACGGUGUGGACCGUCUGCGUGUUGUCGAUGGCUCGAUUCCGCCCACGCAGGUGUCAUCGCAUGUCAUGACGGUGUUUUAUGCGAUGGCGUCCAAGAUUGGCGAUGCUAUUAUCAAGAAGUAUACUCCAAAGGGAUCAUAUGAGCUGUAA